AUGCAUUUGGGAAAUAAAGAUUUGCAAAUUGCUGGAAGUGCUUCAAUGUUUUAUAUUAUACGUCAUGUUAAAAUGAAUCGAGAUACUAAACGUCGUGUAAUUUUGGCUUUGUUAGAUGGAAUGGAAAGUCAUUUAGAAGAGCAAGUAAUGGUUAGGAAUUGUUGUUUAAGUCUUUGCCAGUUUGAUAUUCCUCAAGAAAUUCUUUUUAAUUAUGGAAGAGUUGCAAAUUUGUUAGUUAAAGUUUUGGAAACGCAUAAUUCUGAUGUUUUAACACAACGUAUAGUUGUAUUUUUGCUCAAUUCUAUGGCUUGUCAUGUUGAAGGAGAACAAAAAGUUGAAGUUGGGGAAAUUGGGGCUAUUGAGAUAAUUCUAAAACAAAUUGAACGUAAAUUAAGUGCGAAUACUUGUGAUGAUGUUAUGGAAGUUGGAUGGUCUUUUUUGUGGAAUAUUACUGAUGAAACUCCAUCAAAUUGUGAACGUUUCCUUAAAGCUCAUGGUUUGUCGCUUUUUAGUAAAUGCUUUUCGCGUUUUGGUUCUCGCUAUUUUGAGCUUGUUCGAAACAUGAUGGGUUUAAUUGGAAAUAUUGCUGAAGUUUUUGAAUUACGCAAUCAAUUAAUGACUAAUGCAUAUUUGGAAAUUUUCUGCCAUUUACUCGACAACUUAACUGAAAGUAUUGAAAUUUCUUACAAUAGUGCUGGUGUAUUAGCCCAUUUAGUUAGUGAUGGAGAUGAACGUUGGGCAGAAUCUGGUGUUAAUAUUCCACGAGAAGAUGUUAAUAGAAAGAUUGUUAAGGCUACUGAAAAAUGGGAUUUGCAAGCACGCCGUUUCAUCAACUAUCGAAGCUUUAAACCAAUUAUAUGCUUGCUACCACAAUGGCAUUCUGAAGGAGCACAGCAAUGGGCUGUUUGGGCAUUAGCUAAUUUAACAACUACAGACAGAAAAAAAUAUUGUCGUUUUGUAAUAGAUGAAGGAGGUUUGGAAUUGUUGGAAAAUUUGUCUGUAGAUGCCCGGUCGACUGAAGCAAUAAAAAAUUUGGCAAAUAUUGUUUUGAGAAAUAUUGAUGAAUGGAAGAGAAAUAUUAUAGAAGUGAAUGAGGAGGAUCUUGAAAUGGUAGAUGAUUAA